CCCGCCGCAGCCGUGAAGCAACAGCGAGGGCAGGGCCGGGCACCAUGGCCGAGUGCACGGAGCUGGAAUGGGCCGUGCAGGUGCUGGUGAACAACUUUGACAAGUACUCGAGCCGCUGCUGCUGCUGCAAGAACCCGCGGCGCAUCAGCAAGAAGGAUUUCCGCAAGAUGCUCAGCCGCGAGCUCAACCACAUGCUGACGGACACGGGGAACCGCCGCGCCGCCGACAAACUCAUCUGCGACCUGGAUGAGAACAAGGACGGGCGCAUCAGCUUCGAGGAGUACUGGACCUUGAUAGGCGGCAUCGCCAGCCCCAUCGCGCAGAUCAUCCGCCAGCAGGAGCAGAGCGUCAAACACACCAAGUAGACGCUGCUGGAACCCCCGGAACCCCCCAGCUCCUCCCAUUCCCCGCUUUUUAAAUUUCAUUUCAUUUUAUUUUAUUUUAUUUUAUUUUUUGUUUUUUUUUGUGCCUGCCCCGAGCCUCCGGGACCCCCCAGCUCCUCCCAUUCCGCGAUUUUGUUUUCUCUUCUCCUCAGGUUGUAGCAGAUAAUUUAACAGCAUUGGAUGGCGUUAAAUUUCAUACCUUGAAUCGCGUCUGAGAUUUUAGAUUGAAUUAUGUCUGAAUAUUCGUCAUUUUCUUAGAGGAUGAAUCUCCCCAAUGCUGUGGGGCGGGAAUUUUGUCUGUGCUCAGAAAUCCCAACACUCGGGGGUCCCCCAAACUGGGGGGGGGGGGUCUCUUUUUCUCCUUUUUUUCCCCAAAAAAACCUUGGGCAAAGGGGGGGUUGU